GAAAUGAAAACAUUUAGUAAAUGCCCAAUGAAAAUCAUGCGCGGUAAAAAUCUGGACCCGGUCGUCCAGAUAGCGUCGUUUUUCAGUUCCUUUUAGGACGCCGUGAAAAGUACAUGUGUGUUGGAUAGCUUCAAAUUAUUUUAAGCGCAUCACUAAAGAAUUAGAAGUAUAUAUUUUCAGUAUAUAUACAAUGCCUCCAAAGAGACAGUCAAGUAGGGCACGAGCGGUUCCACCCACUACUGUCAACACUAGAUCAUCGAAUUUGAAUAAUCAGGGGAGUAUAGACAAUAGUAAUGUGCAAGCAUCUCCACAGAUUGCCAUCUCAGAUAAUAGUGUCACUGUAAAUUCUCAGUCUAGUGUAUUGCCCGAGGCCACUGAGUCAAAUAAAGGUAGGGGACAAACAGGAUUUGUCAGCACAGCAGUGCCAAUAGAAGCUCUUGUGUCUGACCAAAUCAAGGAUAAGAUAUGGUCUAAUCAGUGCAUUGAUUUUGUUAAACUUUUAUCAAAGGAAAAACAGAAGAAGGGUAAGUUCUCUUUGCAAGUAGAAAAUAGUGAUACUCAGGGGAAGUUAACCAUUCACCAGGUUGAGAACGAUGCCGAAAACAAGUCAAGUGUUUCCUCUAUGCAUGACUGGAUUACAGCUUGGAACAGGUAUGCAGCAAUAUAUUGUAUAAAAUAUCCUGAACAGCAGUCAAAAUUAGCCAAGCAUUUAGAGGCCGUGAGAGAUAUUGCUGAUGCCAAAGGUAAUUGGAAAAAUUACGAUGCAGAAUUUAGACAGCUUGUAUCUCAAGGACAAGUUGCAUGGGGUGAUGUUCACAUGGAUUCGUAUGUAAAUGCUAGACUCAAAACUGAUCUAUUGACAAAAGUAAGUAGUGAAAAUUAAGACGCACCGUCAGGGCCCAUCCCAAAAGGGGCUUGUUUCAAUUAUCAUGCAGGUAAGCAGUGUCGUGCAGGUUUAUCCUGUCGUUUCCAACAUAUGUGUUACAACUGUGGUACCAACCACCCAUUUAAUCACUGUAACAAACAAACACAGCAGCCCUUUCGUUUCCUUAGAAAAUUCUACACCCAAACAAAUAAAAAUAACAAAGAAUUUACCAACCCUUCUAAACAAAGGAAUG